CCCGCGCACUCGCGUCUCACGCGCCGGACCGCGCGCACGUUGUGUUGUGUUGUGUUAAAAGUGACAGUUGUGUUCGUGCAGUGUGUACAGGCCUUUAUUUGGAGUCGUUGAUUUUUGUGCACGAUGUUUCCUAGGAUACAGGGGCUGUUCCAUUCGGUGACCGAAAAGAGACAGCACAAUGACUGUGGAGAAAACAGUGUGACGAUAGUCACGGAGAAGAAGAUGGAAGAUGAUUCCUCAGACUCUUCUAGUGGAGAACAUGUCGAAAUUGAAGAUAAGCCCCUCCCCAUUGUCGAGCCGGCUGCGCUGGAGUCUUCAGAGGAGGGCCACGCGGCGCAGUGCGCAUGCCCCAACUGUGACGAGGUGCUCACACGCUUCUCCGAGUGUAGCAUAUGCUUGGAACCGUUGCAGACGCGGCUGCACAGAGCUCCUCACAGCGGCCACGCGACCCAAGCACGAGGAAGACUGCAAGUUCGACACCAUGACCUGCCCCAUCACCGCCAACUGCUGCUCCAUACCCUUCGAGAACUCGCCGCCCAUCUCCAGGGCACCCAUAACAUCAUCGCCGUCUACUCACAAAAAAUCAAAAUCCUUAUAGAAAACUUCCAAACUAAGUUAAAGAAGACCGCCUGCUGCAGAACCAAAUACAAAAUCAUUCUCCUUCACCAAAAAAGCGCUUUCAUCAUCAAAGUUUGUAUCUACAACUACCAUGUUAGAGUAGAAGUAAUGAGAAGGAAACUUGGAUACCUCGCGGAUGCAAAAUCUGAAUCUAGAAAGAGCGACUACUGCGCUUUAGUCGAAUUCCAAUCUAAAGCGCUAAGUACAAAGUCAGCCAUCCUUAUCGAGAAUGAGAAUUAUAGCAAGAAAGCCGAAAUUCAGUGGAAUGAUGUCAUAAUGAAAUCGGAAAACGAUGAGGCGAUUACGAUUCAUGUUAAUAUUGGUAAAUCUGAUGCUGAAAGGAAGGAUUAUGCAGAGUCAUAAUCGAAACGCUGAAUAAUUUUAGGCUUGUAAAAAAGUUAUGAGAAGUCUUAUGACUUGAUUGUGAUAUAAGGGAAAUUACUGUUCGAGCAUUGGUGCUAGUGGCUGACCAAUCAAAGGUCAACGUUUUCGACCAAUCGGAGCGUUGUUUGAUGUUCUAUACUGGUGCCAUCUGUCAGCUUGAUGUGUGAUUCCUUAAAUAGACACUUUGCUCAACUAUUCUCAGUGAGUGAGUCUUUAUUUUAAUGCUGGAACUUUUAACGAAGGUUAAUCGGUUUGGCGAUAAUACGCGGUUAAUUAUUUCGGCCUUAAGAGAUCUGUGAGCUUAAACUGUACCAUUUCUUAUUAAAAGGUUAAAGGUUUUGUAAAUUCGAUAAAACGAGUGACGUCUUUUAGUUAUCAGUCUGGUUACGUAACAAUAUGAACACAUGGUUUAGUUAAUGUAAACUAUUUGUUAAUUAUUUCAAGUAUAUAACAGUUACAUUCCAAAAUAAAUAACAAAUACAUUUUAAAAGCAUUUUUGGACGUCGAUAACAUAACUAUUAUUCUACUAUUUAUGAACAAGAAAGCCAAGUUCCGGAUUUAUUUUAAUAUAAACGACCAAUUGUGACUGAUCUAGUUGUUAAUUUAAUUGUAUUGUAGGACUAAGUUUGGUAUAGUAAAAUUAUUAAUAAAUAUGUACUUAUAAUUUUUUA